AUGUAUCUAUCGAUCGACCUAUCGCAACGUCUUGAUAUCUAUCUAUCUACCUAUCUAUCUAUCUCAUUUUUAUUAUCUGUCUGUCUAUCAAUCUAUCUUGAUAUUCUCUCUCUCUCCCUCUCUCACUCUCUCUGUCUAUGUAUCUAUCGAAGCCUCUUGGUAUCUAUCUAUUUAUCUAUCGAUCGAUCGCAGUCUCUUAUCAUCUAUCUAUUUAUCGAUCUAUCUAUCUCAUAUCUUUAUAUUAUCUAUCUAUCUAUCUUCUAUCUAUCUAUCUAUCUAUCUAUCUAUCUAUCGCAGUCGCUUGAUAUUAUCUCCUUCUCUCUCUAUCUAUCUAUCGAAGUCUCUUUCUAUCUAUCGAUUUACCUAUCGAUAGGUCAAUCGGUCGCAGUGUCUUAUCUAUCUAUCUAUCUAUCUAUCUAUCUAUCUAUCUAUCUAUCUCAGUCGUUUGAUAUUAUCUCCUCUCUCUAUCUAUCUAUUGAAGUCAAUCGUUCGCAGUGUCUUAUCUAUCUAUCUAUCUAUCUAUCUAUCUAUCUAUCUAUCUUAUCUAUCUCUCUCUAUCUAUCUAUUGAAGUCUCUUUCUAUCUAUCGAUUGACCUAUCGAAAGGUCAAUCGAUCGCAGUCUAUCUAUCUAUCUAUCUAUCUAUCUAUCUAUCUAUCUAUCGCAGUCUCUUGAUAUUAUCUCCUUCUCUCUCUAUCUAUCUAUCGAAGUCUCUUUCUAUCUAUCUAUCUAUCUAUCUAUCUAUCUAUCUAUCUAUCUAA